UAAGAUAACCGUUAGCUUACAGCAGUCUCACAAUCAAGAAGCCGCCAACAGGUGCCAGAGCUGUAUACAGGCGCGUUUCAGGCCCUUAAUGCCGCCUGAGGCGGCGUUCGAAAUGUGCAUUGCUAGUGCAGAGAGCGAAAUUGCGUUUGAAAAGCCAAAUUUCAGGUUUAAAAACCGUAAAUUCGGCUCUUAAAGUUACCAGGAGCGGCGUUUUGCCGCCCCAUGUAACUUCUGGGCAGCUGCCGUCUGAGGUACAUAUUGAGGCCUAAAUGGUCUAAUUGAUUUAAAAAGCGCAGUUGCGCACCUUUUAUUAUUCAGGGUAAACCGUUGGCAACAUAAGAGGCAAUUGGUGGCAGCCGCAGAUAUGCCAAAAUUGUGAAUACGGUGCAGCAUGGAUACAAGUAGAAAAUGUAUCACUUCUGCAGCGACAACCUAGCGCUUAAAUCACUUCAUUUCUGUAACUGCUCCAUCCUUCCGGCGAACCAACUAAAUCCCGCCCCAAUCGUUCCUAUUGGUCAAUUGGCCUAGGCUGUGCCUCGUCGGUGACGCUACUCCAAACCGCGGCCUACAGGAGCCUGUCUGUUGUCUUGAGCGUCACUUUUGUUAUUGUCACUAUUAGCUGCCAGAGAAGCAUCCCUGUGAUCCGUCCUCUUGUUAAAUGAAAUCUGCCUGUCACAAGAGAAAAUUCAAAUCUGCAUUCUGAUAGUAUGUCAUGAUGGAAGAAAGAAAUACUUCUAAAGAAGUGUCUGAUGUACUUCGACUCAAUGUGGGAGGCUGCUUUUUCACUGCAAGACGGGAAUCUCUUUGCCGCUUUAAAGACUCCAUGCUGUCUUCAAUGUUCAGUGGUCGUUUUCCACUAAAACUUGAUGAAUCUGAUUACCUGCAUGGGGAAGUCCGGAUUCCAGAAGAUGAACAGACAAGAACUGCUCUUCAGAAGGAGGCAGAUUACUUUGGAAUUCCAUAUCCUUACAAUCUGAACGGCCACUUAGCAAAUGAAAUGGAGACAUACUCGUUAAAAUCUAACUUAGAGUUAAAAAAGGUUUUGUUUGAUUUCUGUGAUUCCUAUAACCUCAUUUGCACAAAACCCACAGUGUGGGUGCUGCAUUACUUGCAUACCCGUGACUCAAGCUGUGAGAGUAAAGUGAUUGGGGUGUAUGCCACAAAGCAGCAUGGAAAGAUUGCACUUGAGGAACAGCUUGGAGACAGGAUUUAUUGUAGUAAUGUAUAUAAAAGGGAAGCUGGAUGUAACAUUCAGUAUAUUCUCAGAUACUGCAGUGCAUCUGAACUUAAAAACACGAUGGAUGCUUAUGAGGCCUGGAAGGGAAGAGGUUUCCGUUUUUGGCGUGUUCCUCAGGAACUAAUUGAGUGUUGGACUCUUCAAGAACGUUCAAUACAAGGCAAUGAACAGAAUAUGGCUCCUGUGAAAAGAAGGAGACUGGUGGAAUAUGCAGAUGAAAGAGAAGAAAAUACAUUGAUAUCCAAGGCAGGUCCCAAACCCAUCAGGUAUUCUGGCCCAUCUACAAAUACGCAGAUCCGAAUCAAGAGCUCGUUGAAAUCUGUUAAAAAGGGGGUGACAUCAGAAUCUACAGAUGAGAUCACACAAAAUACAUCAAAUAUGGGUUUUUUAGGCUUUGAAAGAACAGAGUCAAAAUAUAAAAAAAACAGUUAUGACUUGGGGAUUCCUAACCAAAAACACAAACAGUUGGCAGAAUCUAUAACUGACCCCAAUGGCAGAAGAAAGGAAACCCAGGUUGACACAAAGAGUUUGACAUCAAGCCGUGUUAUUAAACUAAAGAGGACUUCUCUAAACCGAACAGCAACAUCUGCAAGUGAACUCUUUCCAGUGGAUAAACAAUAGUUUCCAAUGCCCAAAUGUUACCAAGAUAAUACAAAAUAUAUUUUUUUUAUAUAAUUUAAUACUACAAAGGUGCCAUUAAAGCAGUACAUUUUGGACUUAAAAAA